AUGCCCGCCCCUUACAAACUCAUCAUCCUCCGCCACGGCCGCUCAGAAUGGAACGAAAAGAACCUCUUCACAGGCUGGGUUGACGUCCCACUCAACGAACAAGGAAUCAAAGAAGCCACUCAAGCCGGGAAACUGCUCAAAAAACACAACUACCUCCCCGAAAUCCUCUUCACCUCCCUCCUCCGCCGCGCCAUCGUCACCGCUGACCUCGCUCUCGACGAAGCUGACAGACUCUGGAUCCCCGUCAAGCGAUCCUGGAAACUCAACGAACGCCACUACGGCGGUCUGCAGGGUCUCGACAAAGCUGAAGCCGCUGAACGAGAAGGUGCAGAACAAGUCCAUAUCUGGCGGAGGUCGUUUGAUGUUCGGCCUCCUGCUACGAGUGAGGAGUAUCGGAAGUCAGAGGAUGAAGGUGGGAGGUAUGCUUCGCAAGGGAUUGAAGUGCCGGCUACGGAGUGCUUGAAAGAUGUGCUUGUGAGGGUUCUGCCGUAUUGGACGGAGGAUAUUGUGGGUGAGUUGAAGAAGGGGAGGACGGUGUUGAUCGCGGCGCAUGGGAAUAGUUUGAGGGCGUUGAUGAAGGAGCUGGAGGGGAUUAGUGAUGAGGAUAUUCCGGGCGUGGAGAUUCCGACGGGGGUGCCGAUUGUUUAUGAGUUGGAUGAGGAGUUCAAGGGGAAAGGGAGGCAGUUGGAGUGA